UCUUUCCUUAUGUUGCUAAAAACGCACAUAAUCUUAACACCCACACUGCAAAAAAUCGGCUGGUGUAAAUUUAAUGGUGUUAAUUUUGGUGGUCAUUUGUCACCGUGUAGUGUAAAUUUUGUCCCCAAUGGUGUUAUAAUUUACAUCACACGGUGUAAAAUUUAACACGCAAAGGGUGGAUAUGUGACUCCACCGCCUUGGUGUCAGUAAUUUUUAAGUGACCAUCUAGUGAUAAAUUAACACCACACGGUGACCAAUUUACAACACAUGGUGACAAAUUGACACCACAUGGUCAUAAAUUGACACCAUACCAUAAAAAAUUAACACCACCCGCGGGGUGGAUAUGCGACUACACCGGAUUUUUUGCAGUGCACACCUUCAAUUUGUAUAUCUUUAUUACAUCUUGAGAUCAAUUAGUGAAAGCCAUGUUCGGAUCGCGUAGAUCUUCAAAACUUCAACGCUACCCUUCAGCCGACUACGAGUUCCACCCAGGUUCAGAUUUUGAGCUGAUUUUAACCAAGUCAGAAUUUCGACCUGGAGAGAUGGUCACCUUCCAAGUAAAUGCCCGGAAUGGAAACGCAGUCCGAUUAAAUCUUUACACGCAGCUUAUGCAAACUGCAGUUUUUCUUCAAAGAGGAAAGUUCAGUGCGGAGAAAACCGAGGUUGGGAGCGUAAUGAGUCACACCACGUUUUGUAAUAUGACGUGGCGAGAUCAAAUCUAUAUACCACCGGCGACACAACCUACUACUAAAACCUUGCGACCAGGACAAGUUCAAGACGAGGGUUACAUCGGUAAACGAGUUGUCGAAAUUUCAUACAGCUUGAUUUUGUCUACAAGGGUGGAGUCUGUAAAAUUGAUAAGGGAUGAAAUGCCAAUCAAAAUCGUGCCAUGGGAAGUUGACAAUGGAGUGGCACAAAUUUAUCAGAGUCCAAUUGUGGCAACUACCAUAGUUGCCACAACUGGGGGUAGUUGUAACGAAAGUCGAAACCUGUUUCCUCAGGCUGUACCUUUUAAUAGAAGUUUACUAACAACAGAAUUUGACAAUCUCCCACCCCACUACUCUAUGCUGUCAUUACGCUCCCCAUUCAGUGGAUCCUCGGAAACCCUUCCACCCAGUUAUGAGGACGUCGUACACAAUUAAAAUCUAGACGGUCAUCCUGAAUGUUCUCUGUGGCACAAAGUCGGAAAUUCGUCCAUUUCUGGUUUCAAUACACGUUGGAAUUUCUUAUAAUUUGCCUUGAAGAAACUGGGAAAUGUCGCCCACCAUGUUCUAUUUCGCCGUCAUGCUCAUCGUUCUCGCUGCCUUUGCCGUCCUAGAAGCCAAUGGAGAAUGUUUCAACACGCGGUGCCACGCCCAUUCUGAGGGAUCAUGGUGCCCGGAAAAUAUGAUCACGAAAAGCUGGCAUUACUGCGCUGGUAUCGCCGGAAAGUGGGAAGAGUGUUGCACCCGCUAAUUUCCAGUUGGUUUGCUUCUUCAAUCAGUUGAUACAAAAUACAAAUUGGGUUUGAGAAAUAUUGAUUGAUUAUGGAUUUCCUUACAUGAGGCAAUAAAUAAUGGAGUGAUAAAUGUCAA